AGCCCAUGCCAUACCCAUCCAAGUAAGUCCGACCCUUCCUUCGAUCUUACUUAUGACUCGCCUGCUCUUCGCUGCCCUUGCUGCGCUGGCCGUGCUGGCCGGCUUGAGCGUGGGCCUGCUCCGCUCCGGGGAGAAGUGGUGCUUCGCCAACCCCGACAGCAUCAACGGGCCAUUUGUGGCCUUCUGGCACCUGAAGUUCCUGAGCCUUGACUUGGCUUACACCACGUCCAUCACGCUCCGCGAGCCCGGCUGGCGCUGUACGACCCUGGCGCUUUCCAGCGCGAAGUCUGUCGGUGGAACGGAAGGCCUGGUGGGGCCGGCACGGUGCCAGUCCUUGCUGCCGAUCACGAAGCACUUCUACUGGAACAACCUGACGAUCCACUCCGAGAUGUCCGAAAUCUCGGAGAACUGCACCUCCUGCAGCUAUUGGGAUCUGCCCACCGGUGGACCCUGGCCCCGGAUCUCCUGUGACCAGAUGACGCCCUCCCGGUCGGCGCCAGCGCCGGCGCGAGAGCACGCGCAUGGUCGACCCCGCGGCGUCGGGCUGCUGGGGGUCGCGGGGGUUUGGUUCGUUUGAGGCGCAGCGGAGAUGGAUGGAGGUUCCACCGCGGAUGGAUGGAGGAACGUAAAAAAAAA